AUGUCGACCAAGUCUCACCGGGUUGAGACCUCGAUGGACGUUGCGCGCCGACAACAAUACCAUGUAGCGCAACUAGCAGGUCAUAAAAGGCCCGCUAACGCGCAUGAGCCAACAAAGCCAAAAUCCGAACUUACUAAAUCUUCGGUGCCUCUGCACCAACCACAUGAAGAAUUGGACAUCCUGGAAUCCACCCCAUUGGAGUCGCUGGGGGCCCCUCCAAACCGAUUUACGGCAAGCAAGAUUCACUCGGGCCCGGGCGCAGGUACAGCUGGCCCAGAAGAGGAGCAGCAGAAGACUUCUGCUUCUGCUUCUGCUUCCACUGCAGCGCCAAAGUCUGGCCAGAAUCCUUUUCUUUCACUGACCCAUCCAAAGUAUGGGCUUCCCCCAGCCCUGACCGCAAAUUUUGCUGCGUUGGGAGUCAAAUCUAUCUAUGCGUGGCAGGCUUCGUGUCUGCUUGCCCAGGGUCUACUCUCCGGCGAGCGGCACCUGGUCUACACAGCUCCCACUGGAGGAGGAAAAUCCAUGGUGGCAGACGUCUUGCUGUUGAAGCGUAUCAUUGAAAACCCUACGCGCAAAGCCAUUUUGGUCCUGCCGUAUGUGGCUUUGGUUCAAGAAAAGCUGAAAUGGAUGCGUCGCAUUGUUGAUGGUGUGGGAAAAAACGUACCGGACGAUGAGGACGAUAAUGAAACUUCGACCUACCCUCACAGACGAUGGAAGAAGCUACAGAAACAAAUCCGUGUGACUGGAUUCUUUGGUGGGAGUCGAACGACUACUACCUGGGCUGACACUGACAUUGCGAUCUGCACGAUCGAGAAGGCAAACUCAUUAAUCAAUACCGCCAUCGAGGAGUGCAGUAUUGGAAAUCUAGGUGUUGUUGUGCUUGACGAACUGCACAUGCUUGACGAUGAACAUCGUGGAUACUUGUUAGAGCUUAUGGUCACAAAGUUGCUUUUGCUACAGCAAGACAUUCAGAUCGUUGGAAUGAGUGCCACGCUUUCGAAUACCGAGAUGUUGGCCGAUUGGAUGAAUGCGAGGUUUUUUAUCUCAAAUUACCGACCGGUCCCCAUUGACGAAUAUAUGGUGUAUGAAAAUGCGAUUUAUCCCGCCACAACAUCCCGACAAUUGUUACAGACAGCCACUAAGCUGGUUUCGACGUCAGUACCGCCCCUCAGAAUCAUCGAACCCUCAACAUACAAAGAGCUUGGAAAUGCCGCGACCAAUGCUAUGGUAGCAUUGGCAGUGGAAACUGCUGCGGCAGGCUAUGGAGCUUUGGUAUUUUGUGGAAGUCGCAAUGCAUGCCAGAUUAAUGCUGCAACGAUCGGUGAAGCUAUGCCGCAUACGCAAGAUAAAGAAGAGCUGAAUCGCCGCUUUGAUUUACUUGCCGAUCUCAGGAGCCUCACAUGUGGCUUGGACCCUGUUCUCGAACAGACAGUCGUCAAGGGAACAGGCUUUCAUCAUGCCGGGAUGACAACCGAAGAACGAGAGCUGAUCGCAGCGGCCUAUGACUCAGGUGUACUUAAGGUACUUAUCGCCACAUGUAGUCUUGCUGCGGGAGUAAACCUUCCUGCGCGGAGGGUCAUUAUCAAUGGAGCCCGUAUGGGUCGAGAAUUGGUCGGCCCCGCUAUGCUGCGGCAAAUGUGCGGACGGGCUGGUCGCAAAGGCAAAGACGAUGCUGGCGAGACAUACCUGAUAUGUGUCAAGGCUGAUCUGGAAGCCGUGUGUGAUCUAUUGGAUUCUGACAUGCCUGCCAUAGAGAGUUCUCUUGUGCCUGAAAAAAGAGGCCUGAAGAGAGCUUUGCUAGAGGCCAUCGCAACGGGCUUGGUGUCCGGAUUAGAGGCGAUCAAGGAGUACGUACGAUGUACGCUUCUAUAUCGUACACUUGACAAAAAACUUGCAUAUAGCAUCAUGAACUCCGCCCUGAAAGAAUUGGUGGAUGAAGAGCUCUUGCUUUUGACGGAAGACGAAGCAUAUGGCGCGACUCUCAUAGGCCAAGCCGUCGUCGCCUCGGCAUUCGCCCCCGAAGAUGGUCUUUUCGUUUACGAAGAGCUCAAGAAAGCUCUUCAAGCUUUUGUGAUGGAUGGCGAUAUGCACAUUUUCUACAUGUUCACUCCACUACAGGUGGCCAUGAAUACACCGAUCGAUUGGCCGAUAUUUCGCGAUAAACUCGAUCAAUUGGACGACAGCGGUAUUCGUGCAUUACAAUACGUCGGUGUUCAGCCGGGCUUUGUAAAUACCAUGGCCCAAUCCGGCGCAUCAUUGAAAGAAUUAACGCCCGAACAGAUCCAGAAAGCUCGCAUUUACAGACGGGCGUAUACGGCUUUCCAGCUUCGCGAUUUGAGCAAUGAAGUUCCUUUGGCAACCAUUGCCCAGCGCUAUCACAUUCCCCGUGGUACUGUCCAAACACUAGCACAGCAGUGCCAUGGGUUUGCGGCUGGAAUUGUCAAAUUUUGUCAGCGCAUGAACUGGGGCAUGCUAGCCGCUGUGCUGGAUCACAUGCGCGAUCGACUCGAGGCGGGUGCUCGCGCUGACCUACUUGAGAUGGCGCAGGUGACUUUUGUUCAGAGUUGGACUGCAAGGUUACUAAGGGAGAAUGGGUUUCGGAAUCUGCGUGCCUUGGCCGAGGCUGAUCCGAAAGACCUAGUGCCUGUGCUUAUGAUGGUCAACGCACGCAAAACCCAGAAAAACCAGCUCUAUCCGACGGAGGCAGAGCGAUAUGCUGCAAAGUUAUUAGCAAAGGCCGAGACUAUUGUUGCUUCUGCAAAUAAGAUCUGGGAACGCGAAAUUCAGGUAGAGGUAGAUGCCUGA